UAGGAUAAAAGGGUAAGCAGGAGUGUUAGUGGUUUUUGUUUCUCUCUCCACUUUAAACUAAACACUAACGCUUUUUCUCUACAAAUUUUGCGGUCUUCGUGGAGAAAUUUUGGUGCAGAAUUUAGGGAUCUGAAGCUACAAAAUGAAUCGCCACCAGGAUCCCAACCCCUUCGAUGAAGAGGAGGUUAAUCCAUUCUCGGGAAAUGCAUUUUGAACUUUUCAGAUGCACUGCUACCCUCUUGAGUGCUUUCAUACAACUUUAUAAGCACGAAUAACGCUACGGAGUUUGCUAGUUAACUUCUUAUAGGAUGUUUUGGAUUGAGAAUGGUGCUCCUGCUGGGCGCGUUCCUGUCGCAGCAGAACAUGGUGCUACAGUGGAUAUACCACUUGAUACAAUGAAUGAUUCUAAGAAGAAAGAGAGAGAACUUGCAGAGUGGGAAGUAGAUCUAAAACGGAGGGAAAAGGACAUAAAGCGAAGAGAAGAUGCUGUUGCAAAAACUGGAGUUACACCAGAUGAUAAAAAUUGGCCUCCGUUCUUUCCAAUAAUCCAUCAUGACAUUGCCAAUGAGAUACCAAUUCAUGCUCAGAAGCUGCAGUAUCUCGCUUUUGCAAGUUGGUUAGGUAUAGUUCUUUGUCUUGUCUUUAACAUUGUUGCUGUGAUUGUCUGCUGGACUAGAGGCGGGGGUGGUAAAAUCUUUUUCCUUGCAAUAAUCUAUGCGUUGCUGGGAUGCCCGCUUUCAUAUGUUCUGUGGUACAGGCCCCUCUAUCGUGCAAUGAGGACAGAUAGUGCAUUGAAGUUUGGUUGGUUUUUCCUGUUUUAUUUGAUCCACAUUGGAUUUUGUAUAUUUGCUGCUAUUGCUCCUCCAAUCGUUUUCCAUGGAAAAUCAUUGACGGGCAUUCUUGCAGCCAUUGAUGUCAUCUCUGAUAAUUUAUUGGUUGGGAUCUUCUACUUGGUUGGUUUUGGACUAUUUUGCUUGGAGUCACUUAUAAGCUUGUGGGUUCUUCAGAAAAUUUAUAUAUAUUUCAGGGGAAACAAGUGAGAGAUUGGAUGUGGAGAGCUUCGAAGUUGAAUUUAUAGUCACUGUUCUUGAGGUGGUUUAGUAUAUAUCUGUAUUUCUUUGGCCUUCCAGUAGUGUUCACUAUAAUGAUUAUAUGAUGAGUUGAUGUAUUGGUUUAUUGUUUUAGAGAUUUUAGGAAUAUAUUUUCCCUUCCAUGUGAUAGAAAUAUUUAUUCAAUUCCCAUUUUUGAUGAUUAGUGUA